GUCUCCGCUUCUCUCCAUCGUCGUCUGCAGAAACAUGCGAGCGGGGAGCGGUGACAAAAUGUCAGCCCGGGCCGCUCUCCCUCCGCCGCCGCAGACAUGAGCGGAGCCCCGACCGCCUCUCCAGCCGCAACAAGUCGCUCUCACCGCCAUGCGGAUCCACUGCAAAGUAGUUGCGGUCGCCGCGGGUUUCGGAGUUUUUCUACUUUUGUACUUUUUGGGGGGCAACGGCGCGGACGAGCCGCUGCUGCCCAGAGAAGUUGGAGGGGCUCGAGGGCUGGAGGAGGACAGCGAGUCCUCCUGGUCGCCCUCCUCCCACCUGGAAACUGAAGCCAAGUUGGCGAGAAAAGCACCCGCUGAGGUCGGAAGAGAAAGAAGAAGAGGCAGCGUGAGCGCCAGAAGUAAAUUUCAGAAUAAUGUGGUUGGACAUGUGCCGAAGCUCCGCCGGGCUGAGGAGGUCAUGCACCUGGCAGUGGUAGCAUGUGGGAAUCGUCUGGACGAGACCCUCACUAUGGUCAAAUCUGCCCUGCUGUUCAGCCUGAAGAAGAUCAAGUUUCACAUUUUUGCUGAGGACCCCUUGGUGCCACGUUUUGAGGAAAAGCGCUCCCUAACAGCUUAA